UGACGUCACCGCCGUGUGCCGACAUGUGGGCGUGAACAAAUGACGUCGUGUAGAGGAGUUUCUGGCGCUUGUCCUGCGAAGGGCUUGCCAGUUCCAGGGAACCACAUGACGCCUCCAGGGAAGUAGCUGCCUUGGCCUACACAUAAGGAACCUGAUACCUGAACGUGAAAUUAAGGUGGCGGAGAGUAUAAAUGCCUGGCAGGUGCAGCACUACACAAGGAAGGAUUUGGUAGAGGCCUCUCAUGUUCAUUUACCAUCCUCACUUAACCCGCAGCCUGAUCGCUAAGCUAUGGCUUCCCGAGUAUAUCACACUGUGGUUAAAGGAGAAGCUUCGGAGACAGAUGAUGAGGAGGAGAUGUAUGUGACCUCCGUUACAUCUGGAGCCUUUUUUAGCACUCAUGGUUUAAAAAUCCAAGGUGAAGCUUCAGAAACAGAUGAAGAAGACGAUGUAAAUGUGAAAAGUGACAAAUGUACCAAGGAUUUGGAGGAUAUUCUCCCUCCAUUAGUGGUUAUCCGUAAUGAGGGAGAAAACGUGCCUUUUGGCACAGAAGAAAAACCAAUAGUGAAUAUACAGCAGCAAGGACGUUAUAGUACUUUGCUGCAGCAGAAACUUUUAGAAAGCAAUGCACGCUUGUACCAUGAUGUCAACAACACCAUCAGGCAUGUCUAUCAGACUGCAACGGGCGAAAUACGAACAUUAACUAGUCAGCUGAGCAACUCUCAAAAUGGCAUCAUUAAUGCCUCCCAUAAUAUAAGGCUUGCUCUUGACGAUUUGAAAGGGGUUUCAGAAAAGAUUGAUAUCAUCACAAGCUGCAACCUUCUUCCUGAUAUUCACAUUAGUGUUCCUAAUGCAUAGGACAUCUGGUGCUGAAAGUGUCAUACCAUGUGGUUAAAGGAAUUCUGUGCAGUGUAUUAAAACUUUGUGCCUUCAAUGCCUCCAAACAGGAUAUGGUGAAUGUAUGUGUAUGCAGUGGGAUGUUGUGUUAUUUGAGCAAUUUCCACUAUUACAAUGUUAUUGUAAGUCCAUAGUGACAUCAGAAAAUAUUUGCAAACUUGAAAUAGUAUAAAAUAAAAAAUAGUAAAUAUAUAUGGUGUGUAUAAUGCUGUAUGGUGUUGAUGCACACUGUGCUGCAUAGUAAUCUUUUUAAAGGUAAACUGUUGUGAAAGCAGAGUCAAAAAGCAGUUUUUAACUGCAACCCUUUAUUGGGUAACACGCAACAUGUGAUAAAGGGAUUUCAGUCCCAAAACUGAAUAAUGGGUUGCAGUUAAAAAAACUGCUGUUUUUUUAUCCUACAUUCACAAGUUUUUACCUUUACAGUACUAUGGUGUCUGUAAAAUGGCACUUGGUAAUUACAUGAGCAUUACAAUUCUGAGACCAGUUGGAAUGUAGCAACAGAAAAUUUUGUACAUACGGGUAGUAACCUUUAGCCACCCUUUCCUUAAUUUGAAAACACUGGAUGUUUCACUAGGAAAAGUGUUCAGUCUCUUAACCAACUGAUACAUUUAUUUCCAAAUACUGGAACUCUGUUAGUUUUCAGGGGCACUUUGGGGCUUGCUGCAACGUAAGGCAGCAAACCUAAUGCUCCCCUUCUCUCCCUAUGCUUACAUCCAUUUAUUGGACCAGGGCAAGGGGUGGUAAAACAUUCUGUACAAUAAAAUUAUACAAUAGAUAUGGUUUAUGAGGGGCCCUUUUAAAAAAGAUAUAAAGAGGGUCUCAGGACUGUUGCUCUCUUGCUUUGCCUAUAGUUGGAAAUGCAUAUGCAGGAUUCUGGGUUUUUGUGUCUGUGGUUUUCAAAUGCAGCUCUCUGUCCUUUGCUCUGCAUCUUCCCUCUAUUUAAACCCUGAGUUAAAAAUACUCCCUUGCAUUUAAUAUGUCUCAUUUUUGAUGAGAGACUGGGUUGGGUCUUUU